AUGAAGAGGGGAACCGAUGAGUACUCAUUAGUCUUCUUCAAAUCGAAGCAUCUUCUAGGUACAGCGAAUGACGACAACACCGACAAACUGACAAACUGUAAUGAUCCUAAGCUGAAGCAAAUUAUUCUCGAGAAUAUCCAAAAAGAUGCUCCAACGUCUAAACGAGCAAUUCAAAAAGCUGCCGAAUUGGAAUUCGGUGGAACAUUUGACGUUGUCUGCAGUCCUUGUGAAUUUUCAUUCGUGAUUAGUUCGCAAAAGUAUUGUGAUGGCAUCAAGGAUGAGGUACCGAAGCUUGAAGAUUCUGGGAAUGGAGUCGACAAUCUGGUGCCGACCAGGGGCAAUGCUGUAUGGGUUAUGGUUCAUUACAUUAUAUAA